CGGGAGUGAAGGAAGUGGGACUAUUUGUCGGAGCGCAAGCAGCGCGGCAACACGCACACUCACACACAUAGUCAAGAGUGAAUCGGCCCGCCGGGAGUAAAGCAGGGGAAUCAUUACCUGUGUCUGCGGUCACGGAAUUAAACAGAACACACUCCAGCCCGGAGGCGACUUUUCAAAGCGAGAAUAUACCUCACGUCGGACUUUUUUUUCUUUCCUUUUUUUCCUCUCUCUCCGUCUCGCUUGCCAGCGAAGUGAACCUGCUGCCCCCCACCCCUUCCCUCCAUCUAUUCCCCGGCACAUUUCGGAGCGACCAUGGCCGGACAAGAUCCUCUCCCAAGUCGACAAGACUGCUUUAAAGUGGUACUUUUGCUCCUCGGCUCGGCACUUUUACCACACGGGGCGUCUGGUCAGCGAGUGAAAGUGGAGCCGGAGGUGUUGUCAUACCCCGGGCAGACGGUCAACCUGCAUUGUGCCUUUACAGACACCACUGGGAUUCAGCUUACCAUGGUCACCUGGAUCUACGAGCCAAAGGAGGGAAAGAGGAUGAACAUAGCCGUAUUGCACCCCAGCUUCAAACCAAACUACCCUGACUCGCCGCUUAAGGGCAGAGUCAGCUUCAUGCAGAGCCCCCCCAAUGUGGACGACCCCUCCAUCCAGAUCAGCAAUGUUCGCAUGAUGGACGAGGGGAACUACAUCUGCGAGUUUGCUUCCUACCCCAGUGGACACGAGCAGGGAAUCACCCAACUGGUCAUGCUCACAAAGCCCCAAAACUCUGCCUCCCCCUUAACCGUGGAAGUGGGCAAGCUCAUGGUGGUGGCACGCUGCGAGUCCCUCAACGGAAGGCCCGCCGCACAGAUCCGCUGGGUGACCACCGCCCACGGAAACUCCACCACGUCAUCCAAGCUGGGCCAGGACAACACUGUGUCGGUCACCAGCGAGUACCACAUGGCUCCCACAUCGACAGACAAUGGGAAAGACAUCAGCUGCGUGGUGUCGCACCGGACGCAGACCACGCCCGAGAGCUUCCAGAUGAAACUCAAAGUUCUAUACGCCCCCCAGGUGACAAUAGUGGGUUACGACAAUAAUUGGUACGUGGGCCGUACAAAUGUGCUGCUCACCUGCCAGGCUGCUGGCAACCCGGUACCGACAACGGUCCUAUGGAAGUCUAUGACAGGAGAGAUUCCCGACACAGUGCAAAUCAAAGAUAACCAGCUGAGGGUUCUGAAGGUGGAUGAGGCGGUGAACACCACUUUCGUCUGCGAGGUCAAGAACCGCGUCGGGACCGGCAGAGAUCAGGUCACGGUCUUGGUCAGAGGCACGCGUCUUCCCGAGAAAGGCGCCACCACAGGCAGCAUCAUCGGCGCCAUCAUCGGCGUCAUCCUCAUCGUGGCCAUCAUCGGCACGGCCGUCGCCAUGUACCGCAAACAUCGCGCCAACAAGCUCAACGGAGAAGGCCCCCCCAAGCACAAGCCCCCGCCGCCCAAGAAGAACAACACUGCCGUGAAGCCGGUGACCAAUCACGCCCCCGCGGCCGAAGAACGCCUCAUCGAUAGCCAGUACUACAGAACCCAGGAUGCAGAGCCAGUCACAGACCUGGAUGCUUAUGAUGACGACGGUGACAACAACGGCGGCGAGGGGCCACGGGUGCACUACUACGCCGCCGCUCCCUCCGGGUGGGACGACCCCGGCAACAACGAAGCGCCGCCGUUCUACGAGCACAGCAGGAACAAGUCCCAUGAGAAUGGUCAGGGUACCCACGUCGGCCGCGGGGACAGCUUUGUGUCUCCCGCCAUGUUCGUGUAAACGGACAUGCUCCACUGUACAGAAGUGUGUGUGUGUAUGUGUGUGCGUGUGUGUGUGCGCGCGCGUGUGCCGUGAAUUGAGAAUGUGAAAUUUGCCAGCUUUUUCUGUCAAUUUUACCACUUUGAGCCAGCAAAAGUACAAAAUCUUCAUUUUUCGGGGGUGCGUUCGAGGAUAUUUUAACUGUACAUGUCGUAAAUAACUUGUUACAUCGUAUUGAAUGAAACUAAUUUAGUUUACCAUUUUAUUUCACAAUGGUAUCUGUUACUUUUUUUUCUAGGACAUAACUAUUUUGUUUUAGUAUCAUGAUGACAUGGAUUACACGGUAAUUCUGGAUUACCAAAUUAAAUCUGAUACAAUUUGUGCUUCUGCAGUGAAGGAUUAAUUUUUCUGGAAGUCAGAGCCUGCUACUGCACUCAUUAAACAGGUCAAUUAUUCAAAGGAUUUUUUUCCUUCUAUCUCGAGUGCUUUUGUGCCAAUGUUGAUCAUGUUGUGAAAUCGUAUUUUUUAAGAAAAAAAUGACUAUUGAUUGCUACUCAUUCAG